AUGGAGCCUACAACAGCAGCUUCUGAUAUGAGAUGGCACCAUGAAAGACAAGUUGAGGACGGAGUGAUGAGGCAUCCAGCUGACUCUAAGGCUUGGAAAAACUUUAAUGAGCUACAUGAAAGCUUUGCCGAAGAGCCCCGAAAUGUUAGGCUCGGUCUUGCAAGUGAUGGUUUCCAGCCUUUCACAAAUUCAAAAGUUUCUUAUAGCAUAUGGCCCGUUUUACUUGUACCAUAUAACUUACCACCAUGGAUGUGCAUGAAGCAAUCUAAUUUUAUUUUAUCUAUGCUCAUUCCUGGUCCAACUGGUCCUGGAGAUGCUAUUGACACCUACUUACAACCAUUGAUAGAAGAACUAAAGGAGUUGUGGGCCUCAGGCGUUCGAACAUAUGAUGUAUCUCUGAGACAGAAUUUCAUUUUACGUGCAGCACUAAUUUGGACUAUUAAUGAUUUUCCUGCUUAUGCAAAUUUAUCUGGAUGGAGCACUAAGGGGAAAUUAGCAUGUCCUUGUUGUAAUAAGCACACUCACUCUAUCAGGUUAAAAUAUGGAGGCAAGCAGAGCUAUAUGGGGCAUCGUCGCUAUCUUGAUGAAAAUCACAGUUGGAGAAAGGAUAAGAAAUCAUUUGAUGGCACUAGGGAGAGAGGGUAUGCAGCGCCGAAGCUGACCGGAGAUGACAUCCUUAAGCAGGUGGAAGAUCUUAUAGGGAUCACCUUGACCAAUCAUCCAGAGAAGAAAAUUAAAAUAUCACACGAAAGACGGGGAGAUAAUUGGAAUAAAAAAAGUAUUUUUUUUGAUUUGCCAUAUUGGAGAACUCUCUUAUUGCGACAUAAUUUAGAUGUCAUGCAUAUUGAGAAGAAUAUUUGUGAUAGUCUGCUGGGAACAAUCAUGAACAUUAAAGGAAAGACAAAGGAUAAUAUCAAAGCCCGUCUCGAUUUACAAGCAAUGAGUUUAAAACCGGAGUUACAUCCAAUCCAGAGAGGAGAUAAACUUGUGAUGCCAGCAGCUUGUUAUACUUUAUCCCAAGAAGAGCAAAGCAAAUUUUGUCGAUUUCUAAAGGAGUUAAAAGUUCCAGAUGGAUUUUCAUCCAAUAUUUCUCAAUGUGUAAAUCUUAAAGAGCGUAAGAUUUUGGGGUUAAAGAGUCAUGACUGUCACGUUCUUUUGCAGCGCUUGAUUCCUGUAUCGAUUCGUGGCCUUCUUCCUGCAAAAGUGUGUGAACCAAUUAUUGAACUUUCCAUAUUCUUCACUAUAUUAUGUGCCAAGACAUUAAGGGUGGAUGAACUUAAGCAAAUUGAUGAGCAGAUUCCACUUACGUUAUGUAAGCUUGAGAAGAUUUUUCCACCUUCAAUUUUUGAUGUUAUGCUGCAUUUAGUAGUUCAUUUAGCAUCUGAAGCCAUACUUGGAGGGCCUGUUCGAUUUCGAUGGAUGUACCCAGUGGAGCGUCAGCUUUAUACUUAUAAGUCAUAUAUCAGAAAUAGGGCACGUCCAGAAGGGGACUACAAUGAAUUCGUGAGAGAACCCACAAAUCACUAUGAUGAUAAAGAUUGGGAUAAGAACUUUAUCGAGUGGUUCCAAUCUCUAGUUUAUCAGAGUUAUCGAGAAGAUGAUGACUUACUUUCAUUAUCUCGUGGUCCAAUUGUUGGUGAUGCUGGUGAUGGUGGAGAUAUAGAUUAUUAUGGUGCUUUGGUUGAAGUUGUCGAAUUAGAGUAUCUUGGUGGAAGAAAGGUUGUUCUAUUUCGUUGUAAGUGGUGGGAUGUGCAUGGCAAAGGAAAAGAGACAGCUUUGAAAGAAGACAAAUAUGGAUUUAUUAGUAUUAACUGUAGACACUUGCUAAAAACGAAUGACCACUUUAUACUUGCUGGCCAAACAUCACAAGUUUUUUAUGUUGAGGAUAUUGCCAAUGAAGGUUGGCAUGUAGUUCUUAAAGCACAACCCCGUGAUUCAUAUGAUAUGCCACCAGAUACAGAUGAUUGUGAGAUAACAGACGAUGGAGUUGAAGCUUAUUUGCAAGAUGAAUCAUUUGAUGCUCAGGCUAUUGCAUCCACAUCAUUGGUAGAUGAUGAUAUCAAUUUGAGAAGGAGCGAUAUUGAUCCAAUUAUUGUAAAUUCGGUCUCAACUUCAAAAAAGAUGAAAAAGACUCAAACAUAUGAUGUUUCUUUUCUUCCUAUUUUGAAUUUGGCUUUGACAUUGCAGCAAGUGCUUCUACAUUAG